AUGGAUCUUGCCUGGGUUUGGUUCCACUCCGUGCGCGUCAACGAAAUGUCCAAGGACGGUAAUCUGGCGACGGCCGAAUUGGCACUUCGAUGCGUUGAGUUGCAGAGCGGCUCGAUGAAAAACGUCCAGGACUGCGGAGAGGCGCUCGAGGUGAAACUGCUCGUGUAUUUCUUUGUCGCAAAGACGUGCGCACUGAAUCACCAUGACUCCGCAACUGGAUACCAGGGUCCUGUCUACAGUGGGUACGGUGGCUAUAACGCUCCCGCAGCAGGCACACCUUACCAAGGCUAUGCUGGUUACUCAUCUCCACCGAAGCCGUACAGCUUUGGCUACGACACGGCUGACGAGUUCGGCAACCGGCAGUUCCGUAGCGAACAAGGUGACUCCAACAACGUAAAGACUGGCUCGUACGGUUACACGGACGUCAACGGCCUCUACCGGUGCGUCAACUACAUCGCGGACGCCAACGGCUUCCGCGCCACUGUAGACACCAAUGAACCAGGCACCGCACCGGGAGCCAGCGCCGACGUUAUGUUCAAUGCCGCACCCGUCGUCCCGCCAGUUCCUGCUGGGGCGGCAACACCUGCUGCGUACGGCGCCAGGGCAUCCGCUGGUUACAGCAACGCGUUGAGUGGCUAUGGUGGAUACGGGUACGAUUCUUACGGCCGCCGUGGUGCUGGAGCCGUGUUUGGUGGUUACGGGCGCUUCGGCUAUAGCCCUAAUGGCCCGGCCCUUGGCGGGUAUGCUAACGGUGGACAUACUCCUUCCGACUAUGUGUCUGCCGGCUACCUGGUUAAACUGCUCGUGUAUUGCUUUGUCGCAAAGACCUGCGCUCUGGAUCACCACGACCCCGUACCUGGAUACCAGGGUCCCGGCUACAGUGGGUACGGUGGCUAUAACGCUCCCGCAGCAGGCACACCUUACCAAGGAUACACUGGUUACUCAGCCCCACCGCAGCCGUAUAGCUUUGGCUACGACACGGCUGACGAGUUCGGCAACCGGCAGUUCCGCAGCGAACAAGGUGACUCCAGUAACGUGAAGACUGGCUCGUAUGGUUACAUGGACGUCAACGGCCUCUACCGGCGCGUCAACUACAUCGCGGACGCCAACGGCUUCCGCGCCACUGUAGACACCAAUGAACCGGGCACCGCGCCCGGCGCCAGCGCCGACGUUGUGUUCAAUGCCGCACCCGUGGUCCCGCCUCUUCCUGCUGUGGCAGCAACACCUGCUGCGUACGGCGCCAGGGCAUCCGCUGGUUACAGCAACGCGUUGAGUGGCUAUGGUGGAUACGGAUACGAUCCUUACGGCCGCCUUCGUGCUGGAGCCGUGUAUGGUGGUUACGGGAGCUUCGGCUACGCCCCUAGUGGUCCGGCCCUUGGCGGUAAUGCUAGUGGUGGACAUACUCCUUCCGGUUAUGGCUCUGCCGGCGACGUGGCAGGUCAAUACGUGCCAACUGGCUUCGGUGGCUUCGCCGCUGGUCACCAUGGCUUCCGCCGUCGUAGAUAAAAGGGACGCAUCCGAUGCCUGCGAAGUUUUAUGUCCAAAAAGGGUGCUGCAGACAAACGGGCCCUCGUGUGAGCUUUCGGUCAUCAAAUUGG